GCUGAGCAGGUGAUCAUUGUCAGCGGACAGGAGAGGGCUUCUGCUGCAAGGUACUGUAAGAAAAAAACUGUGAUUUAGUGCAGUUGUAUUCUUACCUCUCACUAAAAUACUUCAGCGUACUUUUAUUUAGAAAUAGAACAUGGUGUCAUAACAAAUUCAGAAACACUCCAGUAACCCUGCUGUGUUAAAACUAGUUGUUGACCAUUAAGCAAGCAGUGGAAAUAUCAAGACACAUGAUCCAAGAAUAGCCACACGCCUCAAGCUGUCACCUUUGUGUGAAAAUCUAUGCUCGUCAUUUGGGCAGACACGUAGGCAGAUGAGGGCUGUAGCCUCUCCCAUACAGGGAGAUAGGAAAGUGAUAGCUCGGAUCUAAGAAGACACUCCAGGAUGUUUAGCCCUUCAUGCGGGAGUUCAAGUCCGUUUUCUCUCACGGAUCUUGACAUGUGGGAUACCAAGUCUCACUUUACAGCCCAGACCUCAGCAUGGUGUGGAAUGGCGACCGUGUCUGGAGCAGGGUUUCUGUCCAAAGUCAACACAAGCAGCACUGGUGGCUUCAGACAGAAAGACCCGGGUCUUAAGAGGUGGCAAUCGCUGUCCCAUCUGACGGCUGGGAAUGGCACGCGGUCCUUUUCUCCAUCAGGCUCUGAAUUAAAGGCUGCCCGAGCUGGAGGUAGUUUUAGGGAAGCGGAAGCGGUGCACUGGCUGCAGGAUGCCCAUGAGCGUCUAGACACUCAGCUGGACCGACUGAGAGCCAGGAACACACAGCUGAGCUACAACAUCACUGCUGCACAUCUGCUUGACAUGAAGCAUAAGCUAUCAGAUUCAAUGAGCACUCUUGAGCAGGGGAAGGAGGCAGCUGAAUUACCCCAGUUUGAAAAGAGGCAACAGCGUGGGGAGCUCCAUGAAAAGGUCCUAAAGCUGGAGAAAGACCUGCUGCAAAUGAAGUCUGCUUUGGACAGAGGAAGUAACGAUCAGCCAACCGAAAAAGCUCCUGGCUCGCUCAGUAGUACUUCACCAGUGAGUCAGGAAGAGUUUAACGAGCAGGAGAAGUUGGUGUUUGACUCAGAGCUCUAUGAACUCAGAGAAGCUCUGAAAGAGGCUGAAUCAAGGGCAAAGAAGCAGGAAGAAGAGCGAAACAAGGCCCUCCAACAUCUGCAGUCUUCAAAAGAAACACAGAAGAGGCUGUUGAAUCAAAUCGAGGAGAUGAACGAGAGGAUCAGCCACACCGUGCAGAAUCACUCUGAAGUUCAGGGUCAGCUGUGUGAAGCUAACAACAAGAUCAGCCAGUCGUGCCUGGAAAGGGCAGUCUUGUCGACUCAAGUGUUAAAGUUGGAAGAAAACAUAAAAGAUCUGCAGGCCAAACUGACGGGGGCCAUGACGGACAAAGAUCACCUGAUCCAGGAGAAAGCAGAUCUUCUCCAAAGGGCAGAGGAGCUGGAGAGGACUCAUCAUUGUUCAGAGGUCUGUGAUCUCUAUCUGGCGAAUGCAGACUCUCAUAACAACAACCAGGUGCAGGAGGCUGUUCUGACGGAGGAUAACGCAGAGGCUCUUAGAGAGGUGAAUGAAAAGCUGAGAGGAGAUCUUGAAACGAUCAGGAAGAGGCUGGAGAUAUCAGAAUGUCAGCUGAAGGAGCUAACAGAGGAGAAAGUCCUGAAGACCAAACAUGUCGCCCAUCUAGAGACACGGUGCUCUCAGCUAAUCAGAGAAAAAGAAGAACUGCUGAGUAAAAUUAAUGACGGUGAGCCAGCAGAGACGAAAGAAAGGGAAUCUGUGGAAGUUUUGGAAUUAGAAAAUCAGAAACUGCGGGAUCAGUAUCUGUGUUUGGAGGCUGAGGUCCUUGAGAGGGAAAACCUGCUACGCCUGCAGGAGGAAGAGUACCGUAAACAAGAUGAGGCCAGAGUCCAGAGCAUUGAGGAACUAAAAGCGGUGGCCUCACACUGGACUGAAAAAUGGCAAAAGGUGGCUUUGACCCUGCAGUCCACACGAGAGGAGUUGGAAGAAUUCAAGAGGAACAGCUCCAGGAAUGAAAGGGAAUCUGACUCACUGAGAGCUGAGCUUGACGCAUGCAAACAGGAUCUGGAGAUGGAAAGGAGCAGGCACAGAUAUGGGCACAAAGAUAAAGCACAAGGGGGCAGUGAAGCUGUGCAGACCCAGGACAAACAGACAGCGACAGACUUAUCAGAAUCCUCUUUGUUAUGGGAGCAGCCAUCCGACACCAAAAUCCCCCAAAGUAAUUCUCCUCAGGUUUGUGUACAAAGCAGCGAGGUUGAAAGACUAAAGCAAAAGCUUGUGGAAAGAGAGAAGGAACUGAGGGACAGUGAACAUGCUUUAAAGAGUCUACAGAGGCUGAGAGAGCUGGACAAGACUGAAGCUCAAAACAAAAUUUCUGCCCUGGAGUUCAAGCUCAUGAAAAAGGUCUCAGGAGACCAUCGCGAUGAUAAACGCCUACAACCAGACUUCUCUGUCCCUGACUCACUGAGACUUCAGCUAGAUGAGAGCAGGAGGCAGACAGACCAGCUGCAGCGGGAGAAAAUGCUGGCAGUCGAAAAGCUUCGAACCCUGAGGCAGCUUUGUCCGGUUAAAGAGGAGACGCCAUCUGUUGAAGGCGGGAGGGAUAAAACUGUCUGUCCAGCAAAUGUAGACGCAGAGCAGCAAAGGAGAAUGGUCACUGAGCAGUUGAAGAGUUUGUUUAAGGAGCGAGGAGAAAAGGGGGCAGGAAAGGUCGACAACACAUCAGCAGCAGCAGUGGUUCAAAACCGGACUCCAUCAUCUAAAGCUGUAAGGGCUCCGGUUGAGUGGAGAAACUGGCAGCGCGUCUCUGGUUUGACGCCAGUGGUCGAGGAAGAUGAGGAGAGCAGCGACAUGCCAGGAGAGGAGGAGAUGAUGAUUUAAGGUUCAUGCAGCCAAACCAAGACCUUGACGCUGCAGAAAAAGAACCAGACCAGUCUUCUGUCUGUUCAGACGAGUGUGACCUACAGUGGAGACGGACGCCUCCCCUCUAUCCUGAUGGGAUAUUCCUGGCUGAGGUUGUAGAUAUCUGCAGCCCAGAUGAAGAUGAAGAGGAAGGAUGGGUUAAAUAAAGUAAUUUAUGCAAGGACACACAAUUGCAGCAGUGAUCACUGGGAGCUGUAACGGUCUGCAGCGUGCUUACUACUUCACAGCCUAUUCAUUCUUAGGACUAAUUCUCUGACCUUGUAGCUAAAACUGCUGGUGAUGUGUUUGUACGUCAGUCUAACAAGAAAUCAUUGUGUAUGAAAAAAGUAAAACAAAAUUAACAUUUAUACCUCAAAUUGUAAUAAUUACCCCUAAGCUACCUCAGGCAAAAUUGUGUUUUAUUUAUAUGACAUGGUUUCUCACAUCAUUGACAUCAUUGAUUGAAAAGUAUUUAUCUUCAAAACACUGCGUCUUUACAAAUACACACGAGGGUAUGUAAAGUGCAUCCGUAUAACGUGUUACUCAGUAAUGUGGUUACCAGAACUGAAUGCUUGAUGAAAUGUUCAACAAUUCUAGAUACGUAUCACAAAUAACUUAGGCUACCUCUGUGUUUUUUCCUUUUUUUAAGUGAAAUAGAGACCAAGUAGUUGGAAGACGAUACAGAGAAGUUCUCCAAAACUGUAUUAAAUCCAUUUAGAAAGUCUUACUCUUCAUUUAGAACUGCUCAACGUUAAACCCAUUAACUCUGAACUCACAUUUUGUUGCCCCAAACAUCAUUUUGCACGCUUCGCAUAUAAGAAUUUAGUCACUCAUAUGUAGUAGUAAGGCCAUGAGUGUUUGAAUGCUCAGAGAUUCGUCCGUUUGAAAUUGUAAAUGCAGUGUCAUUAAAAACCGUCGUCCCAUAAA